CUACCGGCGCCAAAUGAGCCGACCCGACAACGGCGCCAAGCCCCACCAAAAUCUUUGACUUGAGCCUCACACAGCAACACCCUCAAUCCCCACCAACGCGAGCCACCCCACCACCCCGCCAUCCCCCUACGACGACCACACUCCUCCUCCUCCACGACACAGCACACCACAACCGACCAUGUCCCUCGUCAACCUCGCGCACGUCUGCUCGCACCUUCAAAACGCGACCAAAGCCCGCCUCGGUGUGACCAGCGUUCCCAGCACAAAGCUGAUCCUAGCAAUCGCGCUGGGCCUCCAAGACGCGGGAUUCAUCUCCUCAGUGACCCGAGGAUCAAUCAGCGGACCCGACGAGACAUUCGUGCCGACGACACAGGAGAACGUUGCGACGCGACGACUCUGGCUCGGGCUGAAGUACUUCGACAAUGAGCCCGUCAUGAGCAAGCUCAGCCUUGUAUCGAAGCCCACGCAGCGCAUCUGGAUGGGCGUUAAGGGCCUCGAGGAGAUUGCGAAGGGACGGAAGUACCAGUAUGUGGACGGCUUGCAGCCGGGGGAGGCGCUGUUCUUGAGUACCGAGAAGGGCAUCUUUGAGGUGCGCGAUGCCAUUGAGAGGAUGAUUGGCGGGCAGUUGUUGGUGAGGGUUCGGUAGAUGGAUUGUGUGGAUGCGGGGAGGAGGGGAGGGAGC